CCCUUAAAACUGCAUCAGCAUCUAGGUGGCUGCAGAUCGUUAUAAUAAGAUAGAGCUUAAUGAUAGUGGAAAAAUGUCAAGCGGGAAAACAUCACACGUGAAGACAACGCGCCAUGGAGAGACGGAGGGUGGGACUCCGCCUAUUGAUCAAAGUCCAUCCUCCUCCCUUUUGUCUUUUCUUCAGUUUGUUAACUUCUCCAAAAGCCGCAUGGACUCCGUGUGAGCCGCCCAAACCUCCUGGCAUGCCGUCGCUUCAUUUCGUUGGAUUCUGGCACAUCCGGACUGAGUCGGUCCGCCAACAAGCAGAGACUUUCCCCUCCUUUCCCUGAAGCGGAGGUUUCAUGGAGUUUUUUGGGAAAUCAUUAAUUGACAGCACAAGAUCGAGGUCUGAAGCUACUUCAUUGAACCACAAUACCAAAGGACCAUAUGAUGAGCAGCCAGCCAAUGCCCACCGUUGUUGACCCGGUGUUUCGAAGCAAAAUGCCCCUAUUAGACGGGACCAUAGCAUCCACAGGACUGUCGAAACCACAAAAUAUGUCUGGCUUCCUGGGUAAGCAGAUGCUGCAGUACGGCGGGGCGUACUUCACUUAUGAUCCCAGAGGAAAGGACGCGGCAGGAUUCACUUCUUGGAGCAACUCAAAGACCUCUCUGGUCGAUGCCAGAAGUCCUGUGAGUCCCCUUUCUGGCAUGGAUAGACAAAACCACAUCAUUUACAGGCAAGACAGCAAUUCCUCAGAGGAAGGCCAUUGCCUUUCUUCCCCACUGUAUCAUGCCAGAGUAAAACCGGGCUUUACAUUAUUCGCUAAAAGUCCUGGGAUCAGCAGUCCUACCGCUGGGGGGUCAGCGGCUCAAAGAAAACCAAAAACUGGAGGUGAGAAUCUAUCUCCCACAUCUGAAAACGCUGUUUACUUAGCGAUUCCUAAGCCAGUCUAUGUGCAUAACCCCUGCUGUAAUGAACUGGGUUGUGUGAUGACACAACGAUACAGCCUGGAACAGGGCUCUCCGAGGAUGCCAAACACUGUGUAUGAGCACGAUUGGAUGCAAACAGAUAGUCACUACACAGAGAGACCACCCAUCCAGAGGAAAGCACAAGACAGCGUGCCGCAACAGAGAGGUUUACAGAUGGAGUCCAGUGGCGAGAGACUAAAGAGGAUGACUGAAGGGACGUGGAGCCCAGGUAGAACGAGGACUUUUCCUGGUAGGAUUGACCCCAAAUACAGCAGUUAUCCAUGCACCCCGACUCGCACACUCUUAGGUUCUCCAAGUGAGCACAGCCAGCAUUUACAGACCUCCCCCAGAGGUUACCCUAGCUUGUACCCCUCCCAUCCCGUAUAUGAGCAUAUGACCUCAGAGGUUUAUCGGGAACAUUCUCCCAUGACCAAAUAUGGCCACCUACCACAGCACCCAAUGUUUUACUACGCUCAGGCAAAUGCAGAGGUAGAGAACGGGACACAGUUCAAGCAGAGAGAAGAUGUGCCUGUUAUUGUUAAACACACACUCCCAAACACAAGGGAGCAGUACAUCGGGCCUCCGUUGUUUCAUGGUGAAAUACCAUUGCCAGGCACUGAAACAUUGCCAAAUCAUGCCUUGAUGCAGGCUUUUGACUAUUCAUAUUACGCAGUUCCCAGAUUUAAUUUAAAUGCAAGCCAACUCAGAGCCCCACUGAAAAGGCAACAUAGUUCCCCUGGCGUUAAUUAUUCCCCAUCCAGCCAAUACGUGGAGCACCCCAUGGCCUCUGCAACCAACCUACACAAGGAAAAAACCAACUCUAGCCUGCGUGUUGGCCAACCACACACCAACUCACCAUUGCUACGCGUGGACCAAACCAACUCACCAUUGCUACGCGUGGACCAAACCAACUCACCAUUGCUACGUGUGGACCAAACCAGUCCUGCCAGACGUGAAAGCCAAGCUGGGGUCUCACCAUCCAGCAUACAGACCAACAGAUUUUUUCACCCACUCAACAGCCUGCACAUUGACCGACCUGUCUUUCCACCAACUGGCUCGAGCAUGGACAGAAGGAUGGACUAUUCCGCUUAUGAUGCCCAGGUUACGUGCCCAAAAAUGGCAAAAAGCCUUCCUGUUUCGCCAGCUGCAUGGCCGCCCCGGUCACCCCAUCACAGUUCAGAUCGAGUCCAGGCAGCUGUACCUCAUUGUGCAAACGUCCGAAAAAUAAUUUAUUCCCCGGCCGCUGCAAUAGGAAAUAAACAGGAUGGCUCCGCAUCCAGUUCAGGCCCUGCUGCUCUGAAAGAGGGCCCGAAGAGACGUCUUUCUAAAUCCCCUUCACCAAUCAAAAUAAAGGAAGAGGAUAGGGAUCUAUGUGAGGUUGAACUCCAUAAGAAAAGACAAAGGGUGAAAAUGGCGAAUGGAGAAGUAGGAAAUAAAACGGACUCUCCUCCAAUGCCAGUAAUUGACAAUGUCUUCAGCUUGGCACCUUACAAAGUGUACCUGCAGGCAUCUGGAGAGUUAUUUCCAGGCAGAAUCGGCCAAUCAGCUGAGCAGCCUGACAACAAAACCAAGAUGGACCUUAAAGCAAAAAUGCCCAAUCGAGGUGAACAGCAGUCUGUGCUGCGUCUAGUUUCCAGAACAACGUCUGCAGGUAUUUACACAGAGAAGAAGCCUGCUGAAGAGAUCUUUGAACCCAAAAAUAUUAAAGUGGAAGAAAAGGUAUAUCCAUUAGAUCCCGAUGGCGAGAGAUACUGCAGCAAAUUAACAAUCAAAAGAGAAACCGAAGAGACUAGUUCAUGCAACAGCGAACCAAUGUUGGUGAUAAAGAAAUGUGAACCUGAUGAACUUGAAAGUAAACCCCCAUUAGCAGAUGAGAAAGUAACUUCAGAUGAGUCCAAACCUGGUGAGGUCACGGCACCGGUCUGUCCUGAGAACUCGUCUUCUCGGGCUGAUGUAAGCACACCGCCGGCGCAGCUGGUCGUCUUGCAGCCCAAAACCGUUACUCCACCUCAACCACCUGAAAGCAAACUCGAUUUUAGAAACAUUCCUCCCCAGAGUCUGAAACUUUCCACCUACAAAUUAUUCUUUUGUGACACAAAGCAAUCUUCUCCGGCUCCUGCACAGCCAAUAACCCAAGUUCUAGUCCGCAAGCACUUCUUUGAAAUGCACCAUGCACUCUGCAAGUUGGUGUCCGACUUAGUGCUGGCUUCUUCAAAGCAGGAACUGCGAACCUGGCUGUCUCAGGUGGGACUUACUGAAGCAGCAUCUCCUCCAACCAAAGUCCAGAAAGUGUCUUGUUUGUUGGGGGUAAAAGCCAGAGAGGUGUGGCUCAAUGAGGAGAUGAAGUCUGCGCUCCACACGGUGCUGGAGAGGAUGAGAGAGUACACCGCCCAGGACCGCUGUCCUUUCCCACACGUCAUGCGGACGGGGGCCGUGUUCCUCCCCAUGCUGGUGGUGAAGGAGCUGCUGUUUCCCACGGUGCAGGGCAGCUUCAUCGACCAGGUCCUGCAGGAGCACAGAGUGGAGCUGCGGCCGACCACGCUCUCCGAAGAAAAGCUCCUCGUCCAGUUUCACAAAAGAGCCUGUUCCUCCAGGCUCAGGAGACUAAUGUCCCUCAAACACCUGCCUGACAUCUACGCCGACGUGGUCAACCUUUUGUAUCACACCUGUGUCUGCAAACACCUGGAAUCAACCUCACCUGAUGUCCAAAAGAAAGUCCAGGAUUAGAGGCGGAUGACCCUGAUGACGGAGAAACGGAUGACGGGGGCGAGGGGACGCCUGGCCGCAGGAGUCCUGCGUUUUCAGACAUCACCGCCUCGCCCUCAGAAUCCCGCCAAGCGAGA